AAUCAUGUUUGCCAAUAUUGUGGUGCUUAUUUUUGGUAUGCUGAAAGAGCUGGCAAAUCUAGGAAUGCGGCUGAACCAAAGUUCUCAGUUUGCUGCCUUAAGGGCAAGAUAUCCCUGCCUCAUUUCCAAACACCCCCGGAAUUACUGCAAGAUCUAUUUUCAGGUGUUGACGAACGGAGUUGUCAUUUCCUUGAUCAUUUACGUACAUACAAUAGCAUGUUUUCAUUUACGUCACUUGGGGGGAAAAUUGAUGCGAAUCUAAAUGACGGUGGAGGUCCUCCGCAGUUUGUUAUUAGUGGUCAAAAUUAUCACCGCAUAGGUAGUUUGAUUCCUAAUGAAGGUGACAAACCUAAAUUUGCCCAGCUAUACAUAUAUGAUACGAAGAAUGAAGUCGUUAAUAGAAUGGCUCCUUUCGGGUAACUUUUCACUUAACUAGAUGAAUUCUGAAAUAAAUUAUAUAUUGUCCCAAAUAUUUCCACAAUUAGGUCUAAUCUUUUUUAAUCUUUGUGUCCUCUUAGUGAUAAAGCUGGUUCAUGUAGCAUUGAUCCAACCUUAGUUAUUGAUCUGAUAAAGAUGGUUGAUGAGUCGAAUAAAUUGGCUAAAUCUUUUAGAAGAGUCCGAGAUCACAUUGAAGAAGGCGGUGGUGAAAAUGUUUCUCUACGGCUAUUUAGAAACCGUAAGCAAAAUCCAAACACAUAUAAUCUCCCAAGUGUGGAUGAGGUUGCAGCUUUGAUCGUUGGAGAUUUUGAUAGUUCAGAUUGCGGUCGUGACAUUAUCAUACGCACACAAAGUGGCUUCUUGCAGCGAAUCCCUGAAUAUCAUGCAGCGUUUCUACCGCUCCAAUACCCUAUUCUUUUUCCAUAUGGCACAAAUGGGUUGCUGAUGGAAUUAAAUUUUCCCGAAAUCCUGAUAAUGUUCGUGGAUGGAAACGCAAACGUAUAUCUCUAAGGGAAUGGGUUGCUUAUAGGCUGCAAGAGAGGGAAAGCGAGUUUAAUGGAUUAUUGUUGAGUAGAAGACUAUUCCAACAAUUUGUAGUUGAUUGUUAUUCUAUGAUUGAAUCAGCCAGGUUGCUAUAUGUUCGUAGAAAUCAGCACAUUAUCCGUAAAGAAAUCCUAUCUGGUAUUCAAGAGGCUGUUGAUCGUGGAGACACAAAUUCGUCUACCGUUGGUUCGAGGAUUGUUCUACCUUCUUCAUUCACAGGUGGUAGGCGUUACAUGUUCAAUAACUGUCAGGAUGCAAUGGCUAUUUGUAGAAGUUUUGGUUACCCAGAUUUGUUUGUGACAAUGACGUGUAAUCCGAAGUGGCCUGAGAUUGUUCGCCAAACAGCCAAACAUGGGUUGUUAGCCUACGAUCGACCAGAUGUUGCUUGCAGAGUUUUUCGAGCGAAGCUUAAUCAGCUUAUGUCUGAUUUCAAAAAGGGAGAAUUUUUCGGAAAAGUAAUUGCAGCGAUGUACACAAUUGAGUUUCAAAAGAGGGGUCUUCCACAUGCACAUAUUCUUCUUUGGCUCCAUGCAAGUUGUAAACUCAGAACUCCUGAUAUGAUUGAUGCUGUAAUAUGUGCUGAACUUCCAAAUCCUGAGAGCCAUCCUAUACUUUUCCAGGCAGUUUCUAACUACAUGGUUCAUGGUCCAUGUGGAUUAAGUAACAAGCAAUCGCCUUGCAUGAAGGAUGGACAUUGUUCCAAAUACUUUCCCAAAGAAUUCACAGAUCAUACAUCAUUUGAUAGUGAUGGAUUUCCGAUUUAUAGAAGGAGAAAUUCUGGGAUCACAACAACUAGAAGAGAUGUGCCUUUGCAUAAUGGGUAUGUUGUUCCAUAUAAUCCGAAGUUGUUGUUGAAAUAUCAAGCACACAUUAACAUUGAAUAUUGCAACAAGUCAAACUCGAUCAAGUAUUUGUUUAAAUACAUUAAUAAGGGUGUCGAUCGGGUUACAAUGUCAAUGUCUGUGGGUGAAAAUGUCAAUGAGGUUGAUGAGAUCAAACAAUAUUAUGAUUGUAGAUAUAUUUCACCGUGUGAAGCUGUGUGGAGAAUUUUUAAGUUUGAGAUACACCAUAAAUGGCCACCUGUUAAGAGAUUGCGAUUUCACUUGCCCAACAAACAUGUUGUUAUCUUUAAAAAUGAUGUUGCAGUGAAUGGUGUACUAAAGCGGUCAAGAGAAAAACUUACAAUGUUCACGGCAUGGAUGGUAGCAAAUGCAAAAUAUGACAUUGGUAAGGAUUUAACCUAUGCUGACUUCCCUUCUAUGUUUGUUUAUGACCGUUCUAAGUGCGAGUGGAGACCUCGGAAGCAAGGUUUCUCAAUUGGACGAAUGAACUUCAUGCCUCCGGGAACUGGUGAGUUAUUCUAUAUGAGGCUAUUGCUUAAUGUGCAACGUGGAUGUAGCAGCUUUGAAGAGUUGAGGACUGUGAAAAAUCACACACAUGAUACAUUUCAAGAAGCUUGUGAUGCAUUGGGUUUGUUGACCGAUGAUCGACAAUUUAUUGAUGCCAUCCAUGAGGCUUCUGAGCUAGGAUCCGGUUUUUACCUUAGAUCAUUGUUUGUUAGAUUGUUGUUAUCCAAUACAAUGGCAAAUCCUCGGAACGUGUGGGAAAAAUCAUUUAUUCAUCUAGCUGAUGGAAUAGUUCAUGAACGACGGAGGUUACUCAACAAACCAGGUGACAUUCUACAAAUUAUUACUAAAUCAAGUUGUAUCAUCAAAUUAUUUACUAAACAUUGUCUUAAUCAUUGUUGUGUGUAUUGCAUAUUUUGGUAACUAAAAUGCAGGGCUUACAAUGGAUGAGGAAAGUUUACAGAAACUUUGUUUGUUAGAGAUUGAGAAAAUUUUGUUGGUUAAUGGAAGAUCAUUGAAAGACUUCAAUGGCAUGCCCUGUGUUGAUCCGAACUUACUUGCGGAGUAUGGAAACUUGCUAAUGUUUAAUGAAAUGAAUUAUGAUACUAAUGAGAUGAGUCGUUUGCACACAGAAUGCAUGCAGAAGUUGAACUCAGGUCAAAUGAAUUUGUUUCUUGAGAUAAUGUCAGCAGUUUGUAGUGAUAAGGGAGGAUUCUUCUUUGUUUAUGGUUAUGGUGGUACUGGGAAGACAUUUCUCUGGAAAACAUUAACGUACAAACUUCGAGCUGAGAAAAAAAUAGUCCUGAACGUUGCAUCUAGCGGUAUAGCAUCUUUGUUACUACCUGGAGGCAGGACUGCUCACUCGCUUUUUUCCAUCCCUUUAAAUUUGGAUGAGGAUUCAUGUUGUUGUAUAUCACAACGUAGCCCAAAAGCAGAAUUACUUCAAGCUGCAAGUCUAAUCAUUUGGGAUGAGGCCCCAAUGGUUAGUAAAUAUGCAUUUGAGGCACUUGAUAGAACAUUAAGAGAUAUUAUGAAGGUGAAGGACAAGGAUAGCAUGGACAAACCAUUUGGUGGCAAAACUGUUGUAUUGGGCGGAGACUUUAGACAAAUAUUGCCUGUUAUUCCGAAGGGUAGUAGGGCAGAUAUUGUUAUGGCCACUAUUAAUUCAUCCCGUUUGUGGAGACAUUGCAAGGUUCUUACAUUAUCGGAAAAUAUGCGGCUGUUGACUAACUCGUCCUUGGAAGAGAUUGAUGAAGUUCGAUCAUUUGCCAAAUGGGUACUUGACCUUGGGGAUGGUAAAUUAGGUGUUUCAAAUGAUGGUGAAAGUGAAAUCUGUAUUCCAGAUGAUUUGUUGAUUCAAGCUUCUUCUGAUCCCAUUUCUGAUAUUGUUAAAUUCACCUACAACAACAUUAGGGAAGACAUGGUAAAUGUGGAUUAUUACAAAGACAAAGCAAUUCUUGCUCCAACAUUGGAUGCAGUCGAGUCUAUUAAUCAGUAUGUGUUGUCCCUUAUUCAUGGUGAAGAAGUGACAUAUUCAAGUUCUGACACGAUGUGGAGGGUGGAUGAACAAGUUGGUAUCAUGGCUGAUUGGAUUACAACAGAAUUUCUAAAUGAUAUCAAGUGCUCAGGUAUACCUGAUCACAAAUUGGUGUUGAAGAAUGGUGCUCCAAUCAUGUUGAUGCGUAACCUUGAUAUAUCAUCAGGUUUGUGUAAUGGCACUAGAUUAAUUGUGGAGCAUUUAUGUCCAAAUGUCAUCGGUGCUAUUAUUAUUACUGGUACACACAUAGGCAAAAAGACUUUUAUUUCUAGAAUGGAUUUGAUACCUUCAGAUCCUAAUCUUCCAAUCAAGUUUAUGCGGCGCCAGUUUCCUGUGUGCUUAUCAUUUGCCAUGACCAUAAACAAGAGUCAAGGCCAGAGUUUAUCUCAUGUAGGUGUAUAUCUACCUAAGCCGGUUUUCUCUCAUGGUCAACUCUAUGUUGCUGUCUCAAGGGUGAAGUCAAGAUCUGGGUUAAAAAUCCUCAUUUCUGAUGAUGAUAUAGGGAGACGUCGGGUCACGAAGAAUAUUGUAUACAAAGAGGUUUUCCAAAAAAUAUAUAAUUAAUUUGUACAAGUUUAUCUAAAAAAUUAAUAAUUUUAGCAUUUACCACUUCAAUUUGUGUAAGAAUAUUUGAAUAUUAUAUAAAUAUGUCACAUAUAA